ACCACCCCUAGUUUGUUUCCCAGAGUUAGGAGUCUUCAUGUUCUGUCUCCCUUUGUGAUAUUUCCCACACAUUUCUUCUCCCUUCCCUUAUAUUCCCUUUCACUAUUAUUUAUAUUCCCCAAAUGAAUGAGAACAUACAAUGUUUGUUGUUGUUCCUUCUCCGAUUGACUUACUUCCCUCAGCAUAAUACCCUCCAGUUCCAUCCACGUUGAAGCAAAUGGUGGGUAUUUGUCGUUUCUAAUGGCUGAGUAAUAUUCCAUUGUAUACAUAAACCACAUCUUCUUUAUCCAUUCGUCUUCUUUCGAAGGACACCGAGGCUCCUUCCACAGUUUGGCUAUUGUAUUUAUUUAUUUUUUUUUAAGAUUUGUUUAUUUAUUUGAGAGAAAGAGAGUAGGGGGAGGGGCAGAGGGAGAGAAUCUCUAAGCAGACUCCCCAUUUAAGCUCAGAUCUUGGAGCCUGGUGUGGGGCUCCAUCCCAUAGCCCAUGAGAUCACAACUUGAACCAAAACCAAGAGUCAAACACCCAACUGACUGAGCCAUGCAGGUGCCCCAGUAGUGUAGUUCUGUAAAAUGACCAUAUAAGUUGCAAAGGGAUCUUAAAUCUCAAUGGGAAAGAUUGCAAUUGUGCUGUGAUUUUUAUUUUUUUUUAAGAUUUUAUUUAUUUGAGAGAGAGAGCAUGAGUGGGGGAUGGGGAAGGGAGCAGAUUUCCUUGCUCUGCAGGAAGCCAGAUGUGGGGCUCAAUCCCAGGGCUCUAAGAUCACAGGCUGAGCUGAAGGCAGAUGCUUAAUCCACUGAGCCACCUAGGCACCCCUGUGCUGUGAUCUUUAAACAUUUUCAUAAAAGUAUUUAAUACUCUUACUGUUGGUUUUAAAUGCCUAGGGAAAUGAGAAAAUUAGUAGACUUAGUAUUUAUUUACUGUAAUUUGAAUCAUUAGAAACAUUGAGAGUUACAUUUUUGGGUUUUUUGGAUUUUUGUUUGUUUAAAACUUAUCAAGAGUGGGGCACCUUGGGGGCUCAGUUGGUUGAGCGUCUGCCUUUAGCUCAGGUCAUGAUCCUCGGGUCCUGGGAUCGAGUCCCACAUCGGACUCCCUCCCUCACUUGCUCUCUCAAAUAAAUAGCUACAAUCUCUAAAAAAGAAAUAAAACUUAUCAAGAGUAGUUUGAGUCGUGCUUGCCUUACCAUCAUAAAACUUACUGUACAGAAUGAGCAUCUUUUCUGUGCCUUGGCAAAUUGUCAUACUCCUUUUCAGCUUUGGGUUAGCUUUCCAUAUUUUAUUCUUUGCACUUUCAAUGUCGUGAAAUAUCUUUGAGAGCUCCUUUAAGAUGAAUUUUUUAUCCAUGUCUCUUCCCUGGGAAUAUCUUCAUCCUUUUCUACACAACCAGUUUCUGCAUUCAUGUUCAUAAAGUUACCUUUACUCAAUUCUUCUGGCUGCAUGUCUGGAGUUGCCUGGUGACAGUGUCAUCCCACAGCCAGCUAUUUCUUCUCUACCUCCGUUUACCUUUGAUUUGAACUUCACUCUAGUCAUUAUCGCUUUUUGUUUCUUUGCUACCCUAUUAUCUUUGUUGGCCAAUUCUCUCUAUUAUUCAUUUUUAUAAACAUCGCAAGAGUUUAUCACCAGGAAUUAAGGAGGUGACAUGACCACAUGCUUCAUCUGUACGUAAACCAAAUAGCAAAUGUCCAGUGACCCACCACUGGCUAACUGAUGGAAGCGACAUGAUUGGUUAUGGAUCAGGAUUUGGGUCUGUUAUUUGCAUAGUAAUUUCAUGGACUAAAAGCUAGCAGCAAAGUUUGUCCUUGGGCAAGUACUCACUGUUAAUGUACUAUGGUAACAGAUGCAAACUGUGAACUGUGCAGAGGGCCUGAUGUCAUUGACCUGAACCAUGAAAACUGGUGUUUGUGCCGUUGCCACACAAAGCCAGGGCUAGGCUGCACGAGGUGAUGCCUGGCAGGUAGUUAGCAGUUGGUAGGUAGUAGGCUAUCUCACCUGUGUCAUCUUUGUCAUUCUCAUCACAUCACUAUUGUUUCUGCUCUUCCUUCUGAGCCACUGAGGAGUUGGCUGGAGAGGAAGAGGCUGGUACUGGGAGGUGGCAGACGGCUGUGUUUUCAGCCAAGAGUGUAAAUUGCCAUGUCCAAGGGCUACCCUCGUUUUAACUAAGGAUUCAGGCCAAGGUCUUAUUGGCAGAGGUUUAGGAGGGAGUUUUAGGGAGCGGCGGCAGGGGGGCAGGACUCAACAGCAGAGAGGUGGGGCAGGCAGUGCUCCUGAGUUGAAAGAAGCAGAUGGUGUCUGAGAGGCCUGUUCACAGAUCACAGGGCUCUGGCCAUGGGUCUUGGCUAGAGAGGUGGCCAAGGCAUGGCAAAGGCAGCAGGCAAGAGCAAGCCAGGACUCUAAGCCAGAGAGAGCCUACAUCAGUUCCCAGAACAGGGAACUCAGAAUCAAGGAAGAAAAAUACUUCAUCGGAGUGAGAAAGAGGGCCAACAGGUAGAGAGGCAGGUGCAGGCACAACUGCUGCAGCUUAGAGGGUAGCAGGAAAGAGUCCUGAGCGCCUCAGCAUGGGACGAGAAGAUGACCAGUCAUUGAGUCCCAUCAGGAAAAAGAGAGGAACUGAGGCUCCUCUAGUUAUACGUCCUACCCCAGGUGGGUGAUCUUGGAGCCCAGCCCUGGAAGACGAGGCGAUAAUCGAGGCCAUCAGCCAGACCCAGUGUAGUGAUUCAUUGCUGCUAUACUAAGCUGCUUCCUUCCUUCUAGUCCAUUUAUCAGCCUUAAUAGAUUUUAUCUAAGGCCUUAUCUACAAAGCAGUACACUCAGCCAAGGCAGGCCUAUUGGGUAAGAAGUAAGGAUGAACAUUUGACUCUCAACUAAUAAAAAAAUAAACUCAGAUAUACAUCGUGUCAGCUGAUGAUACCACAAAAAGAAGAUGCAUAUAAAUCCCAUAGAACUGCACUCAGACACAUAACUGAAAUCUGACCAGAGUGACAUGCCCACGUGAUGGUUUGUUUUCCUCACAUGGUUAGGUGUUUCAGAAUACUUAGUUCAUUGCUGCUCUGGUGACUCCCAAUGCCAUCAGGGAAUUAGGCUCCUCCUGUGUUCUUGCUCUGCCCUCCUUAACACGUGCAGGGCUACCAGGGGACCCUACCCACGUUGUGCAAGGGUAUUUCCUAUUUGCUUAUACAGAUCCACCCUCCAAUCUUCUUCAACAUGUUCAGUGCCCUGAGAGGCUGACUUAAAGAUAUUAUGUCUCUUGAGCUCCCCUGCUCUCUGACUUCCAGUAUGGUUUAGCCAGUGGGAGGCACCACCAACAGGAGAUUGGAAACUUAGGGUAACUAGUCCCCUGGUCCCUUUUGUGUUAGUCAACACAGGCUGCUCCUGUUGGGUAGCCUUGUCCAUGUACCUACUUUCCCAGUCCUGGUAGCCACUCCCUUGCCUUAUCCUUCCAGGUUAUAACCUGCUAAUUCCUGCAGUUGCUAAUUCCACGCUACUGUGUUUCCUUAAUACCGACCUUUUCAAAUAGUGCCUUUUUUCAGAGUCUCCACCAUUAACCUUUUGGAGUGAGCCAUCUGUAUCCUGCCAGGACCCUGACAGUUCAACACUAAUCUGUGCAUGGCUGGUGUGGCCAUAUGCAGAAGUACAGUGUGGACCUUUUAUCUCCAGAGCUGCAAGAUGGAGAGUUCACCUCCAGGCAUCAAGGUUGGAUUUCAGACAGGAAGAAAUGGCAAGAAGCCCCUAACGGCUCUUUGCCAGGAACACAAUAGCUUUUUAGGAAGUCACAGAUGGCUGACUUCUUUCUGCUCAUGUGCCACCCUAGAUGCUGGAUGUCUGAGGAGCUUUGAAUCCUUUCCUCCAGAGCUGCCUUGUUUUUGAGCUGAUUUGCACCCAGACUGCCAGAGGAGGAUGUGAGAGGAAGUCCGGCCGAGCCAGCCAGCCUGCGGGCACAUCUGGAAGUGGUUUCAGGGGCCGCCUCACCCCAGCAGCCAGCGCAGGAGUGGAAGAAACCCGAGCCUCUCCAAAGUCAACGCAGGCAAAGGCAAGCCGCGGAAGCAGCGUGCAGGGCAGCAGCCCAGGCCACCGGGGAGGCUAGGAGGCCAGGAUCACACUGCCACACGGCUCUUCUGGACGGAGGAGCUCACAGCCCUGCCUUCACCUGCACCAGGAUAAAGAAGUCAGUUUCCAGCUCCUGGGCUGAUUGACAAAAUGUCACAAAAACAGGAAUGAACAUGUCACAGUUUUUGUCAGCGUGAACACACAUGGCUUUGUUACGAAAAAUUAAUCAGGUGUUGCUGUUCCUUCUGAUUGUGACCCUCUGUGGGAUCCUGUAUAAGAAAGUUCACAGGGAGACUGCGCUCAGGAAUGAGACAGAUGAUGACUCUGAGCCUCCUGAGGAGAUGGAGGAGGAGAUUCCUGUGGUGAUUUGUGCGGCGGCAGGGAGAAUGGGUGCCGCCAUGGCUGCUAUCAACAGCAUCUACAGCAACACCGACGCCAACAUUCUCUUCUAUGUGGUUGGACUCCGGAAUACUCUGUCUCGAAUCCGAAAAUGGAUUGAACAUUCUAAACUAAGAGAAAUAAACUUUAAAAUCGUGGAAUUCAACCCUGUAGUCCUCAAAGGGAAGAUCAGACCAGACUCAUCAAGGCCUGAAUUGCUCCAGCCUCUGAAUUUUGUUCGAUUUUAUCUCCCUCUGCUUAUUCAUCAACAUGAGAAAGUCAUCUAUUUGGACGAUGACGUAAUUGUACAAGGUGAUAUCCAAGAACUCUACGACACCACCUUGGCCCUGGGCCACGCGGCAGCUUUCUCCGAUGACUGUGAUUUGCCCUCCGCUCAGGACACGAACAGAUUUGUGGGGCUGCAGAACACGUACAUGGGCUACCUAGACUACAGGAAGAAGGCGAUAAAGGACCUUGGCAUAAGCCCCAGCACUUGCUCCUUCAAUCCGGGUGUGAUUGUGGCCAACAUGACAGAAUGGAAGCACCAGCGCAUCACCAAACAGCUGGAGAAAUGGAUGCAAAAGAAUGUGGAGGAAAAUCUCUACAGCAGCUCCCUGGGAGGAGGGGUGGCCACCUCCCCCAUGCUGAUUGUGUUUCAUGGGAAAUACUCCGCAAUCAACCCCCUGUGGCACAUAAGGCACCUGGGCUGGAAUCCAGAUACCAGAUAUUCAGAGCAUUUUCUGCAGGAAGCAAAAUUACUCCACUGGAAUGGAAGACAUAAACCUUGGGACUUCCCUAGUGUUCACAACGACUUAUGGGAAAGCUGGUUUGUUCCUGACCCUGCAGGGAUAUUUAAACUCCAUCACCACAAUAGCUGAUAUGACUUGACAUUUCAAGUAUUUCCUAUAUAAAAAUGUGGAAUUGUGCAUUCGCAGCCCUCUUAUUUCAUUGUUCUUAUGACUAGCACUUUCAGUACAGAUGAUUCACAAUGUACAACACAAAGUCUACUGUGUGCCAAUGGUACUCCGGAUCACAGAGGCAUGGACCUCCUACGUAUAGGUGGCAACUAUGGAAAUAAGAUGAUGUGCCUGAGAUAUAUUGUUAGAAGGAAAUGUUUAGGUUUCAGCAAUUUGCUUAACUCUGAAUGACAACUUGUAUUCACAAUUUUUAAAAAUUUCUAAAUGUGUUUUUUCACAUGUAGGUAUUUUUUAACAGGCUGCCAGUCUUUUUUUUUUUUUUUUAUCUUUUAUAAAACACUAUUUCAUUUAAAACAUGAAUGUCUGAA